AUGGCAAGUGGAAUACUCCCCUACACCCAGUGCGUAAAAUGGCGCUUUGGCUGCGGAAAGACCUGGCAGCUCCUGUUCUUCCUUUUUUAUUUCAACCAUAUGGUCAGCGGACAUAUCCGGUAUUCAAUCCCAGAGGAGAUGAAGAAAGGCUCCCUCAUCGGUAAUGUAGCUCAGGAUCUCGGUUUGGAUCUGAAAAGGCUCCGGUCUGGUCGGGCCCGUAUCGUGACCGGAGAAAACAAUCAGUACACCGAGCUGAGGACAGACAAAGGGAUUCUAGUGGUGAACGAGAGAAUAGACCGAGAGCAGCUUUGCGGAGAUGUGACACCUUGCAGCUUCACCUUUGAGAUUAUUUUAGAAAGCCCCAUGGAGCUGCAUCAAAUUACAAUCUGGAUUCAGGACCAGAACGACAACCCUCCUCAGGUCCUGUACCCAGUCCAGACUGGUGGCUCUUUGGUGGCUGAGAUGGUGCCUCGUUCAGCAGAUGUGGGCUAUCUGGUGACUAAAGUGGUGGCUGUUGAUGUGGACUCUGGACAGAAUGCCUGGCUGUCCUAUAAACUGCAGAAAGCCACAGACAGGGCGCUGUUUGAAGUGGGCUUACAGAAUGGAGAAAUCAGAACUAUCCGCCAAGUCAGCGAUAAAGAUGCAGUCAAACAGAGACUGACUGUUAUAGUGGAGGACAACGGGCAGCCCUCUCGUUCAGCUACAGUCAUUGUCAACGUGGCGGUGGCGGACAGCUUCCCUGAAGUGCUGUCGGAGUUCACUGACUUUCCACACGACAAGGAGUACAAUGACAACCUGACUUUUUACUUAGUGCUGGCUCUAGCUGUAGUUUCCUUCCUCUUCAUCACCUGUUUAGUUGUUAUUAUAUCAGUCAAAAUCUACAGAUGGAGACAGUCUCGCAUCCUGUAUCACUCCAAUCUGCCUGUGAUUCCAUAUUAUCCACCACGUUACUCGGACACUUUGGGGACAGGGACUCUCCAACACGUGUACAAUUACGAGGUGUGCAGGACGACUGACUCCAGAAAGAGUGACUGUAAGUUCGGCAGAGCUGGUAGUCAGAACGUGCUGAUAAUGGACCCCAGUUCUACAGGGACGAUGCAGCGGAUUCAGAAUGAGAAGAGCAUCCUGGAUGAACCAGACUCUCCUCUAGAGUUCAGGGACAGGGAGGUUCUUUGUAAGCUCACACUGAAAUAG